AUGGCAACGCAUUUCAGCUCGGGGCAGUAUGAAGAUGCCUAUAAUCCGCGGAAUUUGCAAAGCUGGAGUCUUCCCAAAGUUACUAAGGCGCAUCCUUCAACCCGGGAGGGCUUCACUCAGUUUGUAGCCAAUGACAGAGGCCACCUGCUCCCUUCCAUCCCACGCUCUAAGGCUUCUCCUUGGGGUACCUAUAUGACCACCUGGGACAUGCCCUUGAAAAUCCCACCGGCCAAGGUCUCUCUCACCUCCCGGUCGAUUGACGCAGCCGCCCGGCUCACCGAAUGGAUGAAUAAAUCGGCAGCCUUAAGCAAAGCCUGCAACGGAUUGUGCCCAGAAAUUGUUGGCAAGCCUGGCAGCAUGGACCUCCGGCUGAGAGACGCCGGUGGGCUGGACGCCCCGGAAGCCCCCGAAUUGGAGGCCAAGCCGCCCAAGGAGAGAAUGAACGACGAUAUCCCGCUUUCCCGCCAGCCGGGUUGCAUGGAUCUGCGUCUGAAGGACACCAGCCCCCAGCUGCCCACCACCCCCAACCGGCCCAGCUCGCGGGAGCCCACCCCGAGGAGGACGAUCUCCGCCGAGGCCCCUCCGUCCGGGAGACCCCGGUCCCGGGAAGCCAGAGCCAAAGGCUUGGGGACCCCCGAGCCUUUGUCUCCUUGCCGUCCGGGGUCUCUGGAGCCCUUCUGCACCUCACCUGUUAUUUUCCUAGUGAACAAGCGGGGCGGAAGUCCCGACGGAGCCAACUUUGUGGGUGCAGAAGGGCGCAAAAGUUAG